AUGGCACCAAAACCAGUCAAUGUACGUGUGAUUACGAUGGAUGCGGAACUUGAGUUUGCUAUUCAACCGAAUACCACUGGCAAACAAUUAUUUGAUCAAGUUGUUAAAACUAUUGGUCUUCGUGAGAUAUGGUUUUUUGGUUUAUUAUAUACAGAUUCAAAAGAUUUUCCCUGUUGGCUUAAACUUAAUAAAAAAGUUCUUAGUCAAGAUUUAAAAAAAAGUACCACAAAACCAUUAGCAUUUAAAUUUCGUGCUCGAUUUUUUCCCGAAGAAGUAUCCGAAGAACUUAUUCAAGAAAUUACUCAAAAACUUUUUUUUCUUCAAAUUAAAGAAUCAAUUCUUACUGAUGAAAUCUAUUGUCCACCUGAAACAUGUGUUCUACUUGCUUCUUAUGCUAUGCAAGCUAAACAUGGAGAUUAUAGUCAAGAUAUACAUCGUCCUGGAUCAUUACUUCAAGAACGUCUUUUACCUAGACGUGUUAUGGAACAAUAUCAAUUAUCAGCUGAAGAAUGGGAAAAACGUGUUGUAACUUGGUGGAAAGAACAUAAUGGAAUAUUAAAAGAAGAAGCAAUGCUUGAAUAUCUUAAAAUUGCUCAAGAUCUUGAAAUGUACGGUGUAAAUUAUUUUGAUAUUCGUAAUAAAAAAGGAACUGAACUUUAUCUUGGUGUCGAUGCACUUGGCCUUAACAUUUAUGAUAAACAAGACAAAUUAACACCAAAAAUUGGUUUUCCAUGGAGUGAAAUACGAAAUGUAUCUUUUAGUGAUAAAAAAUUUGUUAUCAAACCUAUGGAUAAAAAAUCUCCAGAUUUUGUUUUUUUUGCACAAAGACUUCGUAUAAAUCGACGAAUUUUAUCAUUAUGUAUGGGUAAUCAUGAAUUAUAUAUGCGUCGUCGAAAAACUGAUUCGAUUGAAGUACAACAAAUGAAAGCUCAAGCACAUGAAGAAAAAUUAAUGCGUCUUCAAGAACGAGAACGAAUUCAAGCGGAAGUUGAACGUCGUAAACUAGCCGAACAAGAUCGUGAAGUUAUGCAAAAACGUAUGAAUGAUCUUGAAAGAAGUGCGGAUGCUGCUAGACAAGCUCUUGAAGAUCAAAAUCGAAUGACAAAAGAUUUAGAAGAUAAACGUCGACAAGCUGAAGAAGCACAAUUUCGUUUACAACAAGAACGAGAUGAUGCCGAAAGAGAACAUGAAAGAAUGAUGGAGAGAAUUAAUUAUGAACAAGGAGAAAAAGAUAAAAUUGUUCAAGAAAUUGAAAAAACUCGUAUUUUAGCUGAUAAAAAAGCUCAAGAAGCUCAACAAAAAGAAUAUGAAGCACGUCAACUUGAACAAGAAUUACGAGAAGCAAAUAAAAAAGUUCACGAAGCUCAAGAAAGUAAUAAUAAUCAUUACAUCGAUAGUCAUCCGAUGGAUGUUGAAGAAAGUGAUGAUGAAGAAAACAGUACAACAGGCCGUUUUGGACAAGGCGUGGAAUUGAAAACAGAUGAACAUGCAUCACGUCAUGAAGAAAAUCGUACAACUGCAACAACACGAGAUCAAAAUAUGAAACAAAAACUUGAAGCAGAACGAAGACAUCUUGGACAACGACAACAAAAAGAAGAGACGCGUGAAGAUAAAAUCUAUCGAGAGAAUACUAUUGAUAAAGGUAUUGAUAAAUAUAGAACAUUGAAAAAAAUACGUGAAGGAACUGUUAAACGACGUAUUGAUGAAUUUGAAGCUAUGUGA